AUGCGUGUACGUGUGGCCCUCAUGCGACGUCUCGUGUGUGUGCCAUCGUCCUACGGCCUGACCGCUUCAGGGAGAGCGCUCAUGCGCCUCUCUCAUUCGCUGCUUGCAUACGCUGACAGUGGAGCCUGUCGCACACCUCGGGAAGUACAGCAUCACGACAGCGCCUGCGACCCGAGCAGUGCAAGCCACAGGGACCACGUGACAGCUCAUCUCUCGCAUACCAGUUGCCAACAGCGCAUCGGCAGCUUCGACAGGCGACCGCUUCUGCGGCCUCCACUGAUGCCGUGCAGCAUUGGCGGGACGCCCUUCGCGCACCUCCUCCAGCGUAUUAUCGUGGACCGGACGGAGAAGUUGUCUCACAUAAGGAGGGAGGCGCUUGAAUUCCUCUGCAAUGUCGCCGUCGGCGACUCAACAACUCGCAGUCACGGCAACGCCACUGAGGAGGCGAAGACUCGCGAACGGCGGAUGCGAGGAGCCUUACUGAAGGUCGCACAACCUGCAUUGCACUCCUCUCUGCAGCGGAAAGAAAACCUACGACUCACGGUCUGCUUGCAGCGUCCAGAAGGUCAUGUGUGCGUUCCCGCCGUGGUGGGUGAGACAUACUUGUUUCUCCGCUCUCAGGAUGUGGACGUGACAGCGUGGUGGGAGCGCUAUUACAACGCCUUUAUUCGACCAAGCAUGGUAGAACAUCCUGGCAACGAGGGUAUGAUCGUCACGGUGGCGGCUGAUAUCAGAGGCGUGGAAAGAGCGGCAGCAUCCCCGGCGACAGCCGAUCGCAGUCCCAACUCCGAAUGGAAUGGUGCAACUCGGCCGCCUCCGUUUUACUGGAAGCUUGAUUGGGGCUUAAGGCACGUUUCCUCUACUCAUGCGACUGCUUCACACAGCAGGGACGUCUUCGCGGUGCCGCUGCCGUCGUUGGAAGAACCUGCGCAUUGGCCGGUAACUCCUGCGAAGACGCGAGCCGAUGCAUCGGAGCGAGGCCUCGACGGCGUACCGACCUCGACGGGUGCGGCAGCUGCUGCCCUCGCGAGCCCGCCGGCCCGACAGUCGGUCUGGAUCCCUGUGUGGCUCAUUUGCCAUCUUCCCUUCUUCCCCAUUCCGUUUCCGUCGGCCGAAGCGGAAGGCGAGGAGCAACAAGGGCGAAGUGCUGAGAUGCAGUACAAUGAUGCGCUAUUAGCCUCCGCAGACUCGCCGCUGAUGUCGCACGACCCCGACUCUUGCAUGGCAGAGGAGAAUAAACGAGUGCUCCUGCAGCGCGAUAGCGAGCCGGAGUCGACGGAAGCGGACUGUCUGCUGUCCACGCAGGGCGCUGUCUCGCGCACCAACGCUUCCUACGAUAUCCCCCUUGAGGUACACAGGGCUGGUAUCGAAGCUUGCACUAGCGGGCACACGCCACAGACUUUCACAUCGACACCGCGGCUGCACACACACGCGCAACAGGAUCAGCUCGAUAAGGAGUGGGGGCAUCCGUUCUUCGACGGUCUACACAGUGUUAGCGGCAUUGGCGGUUGGAGCCCGCGCCACGCCACGUUGAUGACCUCGAGCGGUGAUCAUGGUACCGUCGCGCAUGGUAUAAUCGCUGAACAAGCGUUGCGGCACCAGCGGGUGCGAGAAUCCUCGACCUUUGCGCUCGGCCUCGAGUUUUCGACUGGUUGCUCGCCAACCACCGCCACUGGCGCGCUUUCCGCAGCAGUAACAGCGGAGUGGCCGUCACCGUUAUCGUCGUGGAAGCUGCGGAGUACGCAUUGGAAGACUCUCAGCAGUUUCUGGGCAACGAAGGCUGACCCUGCGAGCUCCCUCGCCGCGGACUACUCGUUUCCUCUUCAAGCGUAUCCCCUGCUUCGGUACCGCUCAUUUCCUCGAGCGCGUGCGGGAGACACCGCGAUGUCGGCCUGCAAGCCGCAUCUGCACUCCUUUUCAGAAGGGAGAACACUUCAUCGUCUGGAAAAAGACACCACCUCGCAGAAGUGGGUAUGGUACCCUUUUAAGCACUGCGGCGCAGCUCAACAGCGCCCCCACUUGAGCGCGCAGCCGCCUGCGCACAGCUGGAUCGGUGAGGAAGGCCCCCUGAAUCGCGUGUCGCCAACGGCUGCAGCAGGCGAUGCACCCCACAACAGCAAAGUUUCUGUCGCAGCGCAGCGCGCCUCCGUCUUUCACGUUCUACUACGCAACGCUUGCGUCGAACGCGUAACGUUCUUUGGUGUGCAUUAUGUCAGUGUGGAUGCUACGGCGUUGUCGUGCCUCUUCGACUCGACCGUGUGUGUGCGGCACGCGGUGCCGCUGGGGGUGACUGGAACCGUCUUCAAGGCAGGAUUGCGGUCUACUCGCUACAGGCAACAGCAUUCGUGUCUACCUGCUGGGCAGCAGCGUAUGUUCACGGUGGAGGACGGUGAAAGGGGUGCCUAUGCGGCGACGCACGGGUUCGCCAAUCGAAGGACAGAACUGCGACUGCCGUUAUUCACAACCGCCAUGAAGAAGCUCGAGGCAGCUGAGGCGGCAGCCGCGGCGCCGGUGAGCUCACAAGACAAAGCCACUGCAACCCCUGGUGGAGGCGAGCUUGGCUCCACCGCAGGUGCCGCCCCAUGGCUGGCGCGGCUGCGUGCGAUUCGAAAUGAGUGUCAGAAAGGUAGGUGCGAGCCAGAGGUGUCGCUGAUAGAGCGCGUCGUAAGAAUGCGUAGAUCGCAUCGUUCUGUCUUCUUCCUCUUUCAGUCCCCAUACUGGGUCGAGGUGGCGGAACUGUACGAGCGGUGGGGCGUCCGUGUUGCACCUGGGACGGUGCCACUCCUCAUACGUGGAAAGCCGUAUGUGAACGCAGAGCAGACAACAGAUGCAUCACGCUUUUCACCAAACACAUGUGUACCUCACCUCCUGCAGGAGGUGCUGUUCAGCAGGGGACUGGGGGCCUGCACGUGGGCCGGAUCACAGUGCCUCCUGAGCCUGAUCGCACCCGAUGCUGCUCCUCGUCGUCGCCCUGGAGGUGCGUGUGCGUGGACGUACCGCACCCUGUGCGAACGCGCGGCAGCUGUGCAGCGAGUGUCGAACCUAUGGAUUGCCGAAUCGGUCAUCGAAAAAUUCAAGUGGACACUUCGAACUGCGCCUGCACCGCCACGGCCUGACAUGAGUGACGGCGGUGGCUCGGGUCGCCCUGAGGGCGACUGCAAUGAGGUUCUCCGCGCCUUCCUGCCUCUGCACGACAUUGAAUCGUCGCAAUUCCGGGAAGCUCUGAGUGAUGAACUUCACAGCGAGGUCUUGCAUCGACAUCCUCAUCAGCGCGGCAACUCACUUCAGCACGCGGACAGCUGUGGAAACACGGCUACCCCACCAACACCGCGCAGCACUUCACAGAACACACCAACUCAGGUGGCCUUUUCCACACCUUCACGGCCACCGCCACCACCCUGCGAGCCGCCAGUCAUCGAAGAUGUGUCCUCCCCGAUCCUGUCCCGACGCCCAGCGCAGCCACACGUCUGUGUCGUACAUUCGAGCUGUGUGGCGGAACAAGCGGAGCUGGCGUUUGUGGCGGCAUUUUCCCCAGUCGUGCUCCUGCUGCGAGUGCCUGAUUUGAAAAGUCGGGACUGGGGCUUUGACAAGUGGGAGGCGGCCAAACGGAGCGCCGCCACGGCCUCGCGAGCCGUAGAGACACGAGUGACGGCCGCGGUAAAGGAGGGAGAUGGGGUGGAGGGCAUUACAGGCGCGCGCGCCGACAAGCCGCUUUCCUCGUACAACGAUUUGGAAGGGGAGUUCGGUGAUGAGGACGACCAGGCUUUUGAGGACGGUUUGGCUGAUGAUGGCACGGCAGCAGCGGGGAGUGAGUCGCUGCUCGAAGAGAGGGCCCGGCUCAUGUACAUGAAGGCAAUGCGUCGAAAGCGGUUGCUGUGUUUGGCUCCCUGGAGGGGUGCCAGGCUCAGUUUUGAGUCACGGCUGGACCUCUCGCGCCUGGCGCUCCGCAAUGGGUACAGCGCUGAAAACGCUAAUCGGUGGGUGUCUCUUGACUUUCUGAGAGACGAACCUCGCGUGCGGACCGCGCGUACUGACAUGGUAGCGCCUGAGGUGGAUACCCAAGGUGCUGGCGAGCCCCAGAUCCCCCGCCCAAAUUUCGCUUCUGAUCCCGCCGUCGCGGAGUCAUCCGCAGGGCGGCAAGCGAGAACAUCAUCAAGGUCGCGCUCUAUCACGGGGAUCAGGGUCGACGUGCUCUUCUAUUCCCCAGAUGAGCCGGGUGGGAGCAGCCGCCUCAGUGGUAACGGCGGCUACAUCGAAUAUGACCACGGAAUGUGUAGCCACGACAACGGCGCCACAGAUGAUUGCAGUACUGUAACACGGGUGAUGAAGAUUACGCUGAUAAACUCUGAGGAGCUCGAGUGGCCUGAGUCGGUGGUCUCGUCUUCCAAACAGCAGUGGGUAUGGAAGAACUUGUGA